GAUAUUAACCAUUACAAUUAAAUAAUAAAUUGCAUGUUUGGAAUAUGAUGAAAUUAAUAAAAUGAAAGUGGCAUGAAUUUUUAGUUGAAAAAUACUCAUAGCCUACAGGUGUCUAACCUACAUGGUAAGUAGAACAUAAUUUUACAUUAUAAUGUUUUCCUAAUUAUUUAAUAAUAAUUAUGUAGGUAUUGACAAAUUUUGAUAAUUUUUGUUUUGUACUUACCACUAUUGUGUUUGUUUUCGUUACCAUCGUGGCUGUUUGGGACUAGAUCGACCAGUGGUGCAACUGAAAAAUAAUUUCUUCAAUUUUUUUUGGGGGGGAGGGAGUUACAUUGUUACGAUGUAUGUUAAUACUCGUACAAUAAUAUAAUAAUAUAUGUUAAUAGGUAUAUACGGUAACAUGCUGGCAGCAUCGAAAAAACAAGAUUCUGGAUACCCCCCCCCCCAUCAUGGUUGCGUCACUGAGAUACGCCUUGCUAUUUUCACGGUACCUAUAGAUUAAAUCUAUUUAUAAUUUUAUAUCUUAUAAUUUACAAAGAUUACAUCCAUUCUGUGCUAUAAAUUAUAAUACACGGUUUAACUGGAUAUAGUGAUAAUCACGGUCUUCAGGUCUUCUGUUUAAGACCGCGGUGGCGUGGACACGUGAUGAAGCUCUUGAAAAAUACCUACAGACUGCGGCCAAUAUGGAGAAGACAUUAAUAUCUUAAAUCGUGGUGAAGAUCUACCAGUGCUAUUAUCUUAAACAUUUAUCAGUUAUGAGCAUGGUCUUCCAAGACCAUGACCGCGGUCAUGAGUUUAUAAUUGAUAGUGUAAUCUAAGGCCAUGCGUCCAUGAACACGAGUAGAGUUUAAUAUCGAUCUCUAAUCGUGGGCAAUGAUUUCCAAAGAAAUAUUUUAUAAACUUAAUAACCUUAGACGUUGUAGGAAAUAUUCUCCGAGCUGUAGAUAUCUUAGUAAUGAUAUUUGGAAUGAAGAUUUGACAAUAGGUCUAAAACUAAAAAUUGAGAAAUACUGGAAAGAUAAAUUAUGUAAAGGCAGUUUUUAUAAAAAUAAUAUCGAUAAAAAAUUCUAUGUGUUGUCGAUGUUUCCUUAUCCGUCUGGUCAAUUACACAUGGGUCAUGUUCGAGUGUAUGUAAUUGCAGAUUCAAUUGCUAGGUUUCAUCGUAUGAACGGACAAAAUGUAUUUCAGCCUAUGGGAUGGGAUGCAUUUGGGCUUCCUGCUGAGAACGCAGCUAUACUACAUGGCUUACCAGCUGAUAAAUGGACUAGUUCAAAUAUUGAUCACAUGAAAAAACAGCUUCAAGAACUUGGAUGUAGUUUUGAUUGGUCUAAUGAAUUAGCAACUUGUGAUCCAACUUAUUAUAAAUGGACUCAAUGGUUCUUUCUAAAAAUGUUUCAAUCUGGACUUGUUUAUGCUAAGGAAGCUGAAGUUAAUUGGGAUCCAGUAGAUGAAACAGUAUUAGCUAAUGAACAAGUAGAUGAAAAUGGACGUUCUUGGCGGUCUGGUGCUUUAGUUCAGAAAAAAGUACUGAAACAAUGGUUUAUAAAAACAACGCAAUUUUCCAAAGCUCUGUUUGAAGGACUAAAUGAUCCAUCAUUAAUAGAUUGGAGGGACAUUAUCAACCUACAAAAACAUUGGAUUGGAGAAUGUGAUGGAUAUAAAUUUGAUUUUAAACUAUAUACUGAUAAUGUAUAUAGAACAAUACUCAAUGUUUGGACACAAUAUCCAGAAUAUGUACCAUUAGCUGCUUUUAUUUGUGUUAAGCCCGACUCUUUUGUACAUAAAUAUUAUGUCCUGAAUCAUAAAAAUGUAUACAUCAAGAAUCCGAUUACUGGCAGCAAAUUACCGAUUUUAGUUACUGAUCGUGUAAUGUAUCCAGAGGGGCAAGAAACACGCUUAGCUGUGCCACAUGCAAAUUCUAUUGAUAAAGAAUUAGCAGAAGAGCAUGGUAUUUUUUAUUCAGUAAACCAAAACUCAUAUUUAUCUAGAGAAAUAAUUUGUGAAAAAGCAAAAGAGUUAAAUUUUGGUGGUUAUCAAGUAAGCUCUAAAUUACAGGAUUGGUUAAUAUCUAGACAAAGAUAUUGGGGUACUCCUGUACCAAUUAUUCAUUGUACCGAUUGUGGAGCUCAAGCUGUACCAGAAGAUCAAUUGCCAGUAAAAUUGCCAAUGCUUGAUGUGCAAAGUGGUAAAAAGUUUAAAUUGUUAGAAUUAGUUGAAGAAUGGAUUAAGACUACUUGUCCAAAAUGUGGUAAAGAGGCCAAAAGAGAAACAAAUACAAUGGAUACAUUUGUGGAUUCCAGUUGGUAUUAUAUGAGAUAUUUGGAUCCUAAAAAUAGUUCUCAGCCAUUUGAUAAGACUUUGGCGAACAAAAUGAUGCCUGUUGAUAUAUAUGUUGGUGGAAAAGAACAUGCUGUUUUGCAUCUAUAUUAUGCGAGGUUCUUUAACCACUUUCUACAUUCCAUUGGUUUAUCUCCUUGUUUAGAACCGUUUAAAAAACUGUUGGUUCAAGGAAUGGUGAUGGGUCAAAGUUUUAAAAAUAAAAUCAAUGGCUCAUAUUUAAAAGAAGAUGAAGUAAUAAAAAAAGGUAAAUCAUUUUUCUCUAAAGAUGGUGACCACCCGGUUAUUGCAACAUGGGAAAAAAUGAGUAAAUCUAAAUACAAUGGUAUUAAUCCAAUGAAUACUAUAAAUGAAUAUGGAGUCGAUACCAUGCGAUUAUUAAUAUUGUCUAGUGUUGCACCUACAUCUAAUAGAAAUUGGAAUUCUGAUACAUUUCCUGGAAUUUUAAAUUGGCAACAUAGAUUAUGGUUGACUAUAAGAGAAUUUCGAACUGUUAGAAAUGAUGAUGAUGUUCAAAGAGAUGCAAUUGAUUUAUCUAUAUUCCAAAAAGAAGAAAUGAAAUUACUUGAUGCACGAAAUUAUCAUGUCAAAAAAACUUCAAGUAACUUCAGAAAAUCAUAUCAAUUGAGUGUAGCCAUUUCAAAACUUCAAGGGUUGACAAAUAUUUUAAGAAAGUCUUCUAAAGAGGUGAUUAAGUUUAGUGCAGAAUAUGAAAGACUACUGGCUGUUCAAAUAAUAAUGUUAACUCCGAUGGCUCCUCACUUUGCAUCUGCUUUAUGGAGUGGAUUUGUGUCUGCACCAGGUCGCAUAAAUCAUAAAUGGGAACAAAUUAAUUGGGAAAAUGAUGUAAUUGAUCAAAAAUGGCCACAAGUGGAUAGUGACUAUAUUUUAAAUUUAUACUGCUUGGUUAACAAUGCUGUCAAAUGUGUAUUGCCAAUGCCCAAAAGAGAAAUGGCAAUACUUACUAAAGAAACAGCUAUACAAUUAACUAUGAAUCAAGAUAUUAUUAAAGAAUAUACAUCAUCUUGGAAUAUCAUUGAUAUUGGAUUCCAGUCAUAUGAGGACAAUGAUUCAUAUGUGUUUAUUAAGACUGACCGGACAUCUGUCGCAAAAAUUAAAUCAACUAGUUCUAAAAUUGUUAAAAACAAUAUUAAGUUAUAAGAAACAUAAAUAUUACUUUCAAUAUUUAUUAAUUAUUAUAUAUUAUACAUCAAUGUAAGAAAGUAGAAACAUCAAAUAGUAUAAAAGCAAGUAUAUACCAUAGAAUCUGGAUACUCUAAUUACUUUUUUAAAACAAUAAUACAUUAACAAAUUAUAGAUACUGCAUGUACAUCAUCAAAAGUGUAAAAUUAUAUUUAAUAUAACAAAUUGUUUUACAUGUUUUGUUAUAGGAUUAAAGUAGUGUUUUUACACUAAAAUAUAUAGCAUUUUAUAUAAAAAACAAAAAAAAGAUCAACUGGUAAAGAUACCUCUAUGUACCAAAAAUAUUCUCGGUAAUGUUACUCUUGUAAACAAUAACAUGUAAUGUAAAAAGCAUCAUAGAGAAUCUAUUUGUAUUUAUAUUAAAGUUUCCCCUAAAAUGGAUGUUUGAAUGACGCAAUCCAAGUUCUUAAUAUCUAGAAUAAAGUAUUUUUAUUAUGUCUUAGAAAUUGUUUUGAAUUUAUAAAAUUAUUAACCAAUUCUAUUAGAAAAUAAGCUCAUAUUGAAUUAAAUGAUUGGGUCUAUUGAAGAAGCAAAGUAAUCAAUUAGUACUAGAAUGUUAGACGAUUUUUUGAUAUUCAGUUUAUUUGAUAAUUUAUUUUAAUCAUCAAAGUUUAAUAUUCAAAUAUGCAGUAAUUAUCUCAGAACUAAGGCUGGGUAAGUGAAUAUUUUUUAUUUUAAAAGUUAUUUUAAACUCAUUCAGUUUGUAAUAAAUGGACAAAUUUUUUUUACAUUUUAUAAUUGGUAAAAAAUACUGUAUAUCUUCUAAUAGAUGAAUUUCAUUAUAUUUCAAGGAUCAUUGACAUGUGUCCUUACAUGAAAUAUACGAGUAUUUAUAAGGGAUGUGUGAACAAUGGAGGGUAGUAGACUAAGACAAAUUCUUCUCCUCAAUCAGAGAAGGGAAUUUAAAGUUGAAGCAACCAAUAGAUUUGGUCACAUUUCUAGAUGUCAAGGCAAUUUCGAUUUUCUCUCAGGAAUCCGAUCCAUGUACAACAUAGAUAAUAUGCGUGCAGGUGAAAUUGCUUUUUCUAUGAUGUUUGAGUAAUUGUAGAGUAAAAUCACCUACUACAAAAAUUAUA